GGUAUAAAAGCCGAGAUGGUCACAUCAGUUUAACACAUCGCCCCUUGCAGUCGAUUCUGACUUUCUGUCUCGUGUAAAGUCAAAGUCAAUUCGAAAUCAUGUCUCUGUCCUACCACUUUUUGAUGUUGGUGAGUUUAGGUGUUGUGGCCGUGAUGGGCAACAAUUACAAGCCGCCCGCUUAUCACCAGCCGAAAUACGAGCCAGAGAUACCGGCCUGCUCCAAGAACACGACCAAGAACUGGUGCCUGGAGGAUUCCGAGUACCCGGCCUACGAAGUCGUUUACGAACUGGACAAGCACUACGAGGCCGUUGUGGCUUUGUACAAGAACGUCGUGGCCGAAACGGCCAACUCGGUCGACACUUUGACCCAAUUGGUGGACGAGACUUACCUCUGCCCCAGCGCCACCUCCUUCGUCCAGCCGCUGCGUGCCGUCAACACCAAAGGCAAGUGGCGUGUCAUCAUCAACAAAGUCGAGUCUUACGGCAUCAAAUACGAUCAACACGCUCGCAUCGAAGAAUGUGAGGCCGACGCGGCCGGAAAGGCCUGCCCCUUGGUCCCCACCUGCUACGAGUCCAAGUGCCUCCAGAAGAGCAUCUACCACCGUUUCCUCGUCUACGAUCCCACCGAUUACUAUUUCCCAUUCGCCAUCGAGACCUUCAAGUUGCCGGCCUCAUGCGCCUGCUUCGUUGGAGCCUUCAGCCUCUAAAUCAAUUACCGUAAUGUUCUUUUAUUUUUCUUUCUUCCAAUUUUCGGCCAAUCCCAAACCAAAUUGUCAUCAUCCCAAGGCUCAUAUCAGUCACCAAACGAUCCCUGUGAUAAUAUCAUUCGUGUAAAAACAUCUCUGCGCUUCACAGUCGACUCGUUUUUCAACUGAAAACUGAAAAAAGAUUCGAAGUGGAGCACAAAGGUUGGCGGUACCAUCCAACAUCAAAGCAGUCCCUCGUCCACAACAACAUCUUGGGUUUUAUCUAAUACGAAAAAUAGUUCUAUGCAUUUCCUUUAAUUAUUUGACUUUUUAUCCGAAGACAAUAAAUUUCCAAUUUUUACUGAAAA